UCUCCGCUACGCCCUGCAGUUAAAAGCAACCGCGACGCACACCAGCAGUCAGUCGCACGGCAUCAACAUGGCGGGCGCUGUCCGGCUGGCCGCCGCCUGCCUCCUCGCCCUCCUGGUCGGCACUCGCACCAGCGCCCUCAAGCUGCCGCCCUACAUCACUGCCUGCAAGGGGGACGACCCGAAGCUCAACGAGUGCGCCGUCAAAGCCGGCAGGGCAGCCAUCCCCCACUUCAUUAACGGUGACCGCAAGUACAAGAUCCCGGUGCUCAACCCUCUGACCGUGUACGACUUCAGGGUGUCGCAGGGCACCCGGUCUGUCGGACUACAAAUUCACAUGCAGGAAGCCAGCAUCUUUGGACUGCCAGACAUGCACUUCGAUGCAGCCAGGGUUGACCUGAAGAAGCGACACAUCGAGUGGGACUUCACGGCUGCCAACAUCGAGAUCCUCGGCGAAUACAACAUUACUGGACGCGUUCUACUGCUGCCGCUGGUGGGGCACGGGCCGGCCAACAUCACCCUUAGGGACUGCACCUUCAACUAUACCUUCGACUACACUGUCGAGAGGCGUGCGGACGGCGUCGAGUACAUGGCCCUGCACAACGAUCGACUCACUUUCGACACCAAGAGGGUAUUCAUCAGGCUGGCCAACCUGUUCAACGGAGACAGGCUGCUUGGCGAGAACAUGAAUCACUUUCUCAACGAAAACUGGAAGGAGGUGACCCGUGAGGUGGGGCCGACGAUCGCCGACGCCAUUUCCGAGAUGUUCCGCCAGAUCCUGACGCAGAUUUCGGACCUAGUGCCUUGGAAGUACGUGUACCCGUCGUAGAGGUUGCAGCGGCAACUGGACCGGGUCCGACCCGACACUCAUCAAAGGCUGUGCUUUGUUCUGCGAAAAUUUUCUUGUCUGACAAAAGAUAUAUCAAUUGGAUAUUUUAA